AUGGUCUUCCGUAAAGUUGAGCAUCUACUAAAACGCCUCUGGGAGCCUGGUCGGGAACGCGAGUUUAUCUUCACUUGUGAAAACAUGAAAAUAAAGUUGGAAGGCAAGAUUGAAGAAGUAACUGGUGCCGACGGUAAGAAGCACUGGAAGAUUGCUGACUACAAAUACAGCUACGAACCAGACAAGGUGUGGAUUAGGAUCACUAAUCUCUUCGGCGGCGAUGAGAAAACGUCCGCUCCCGUGCUAGACUUCAUCAACCAGCAAUGGCGGGUGUUCAUCCACAGUGUGGGAAAGCCGUUUGUCGACGAGUUCCUGGAGCUGAUGGUCGCCAACGUCAACAAGUGGAUGGCUUCGGUCCCGACUGACGAGCUGGAACUUGUUUAAACUUGUUACUAAAAUAUAUUUCCGUCAUGAUUAAUUUCAUUUUAUGUUUCAUGCUCUUUGAUGUCGCACGGGAAAUAAUUUAAGCCACUUAGCUUUUAAAAUGUAA